GAUCACAGCGACGAAGUCAAAUAUCUCUCAUUGAUAUUGGACCAAACAAGAACACAAACACAACACGCGUGAUGAACGGAUUGGUGGCGAUCUGCCUGUUGGCAGUAUGUAUCGCCUCCCAUUACGUGACUAUUGCACGUGAGAUCAGCAGGGCGCAUUACGACGAUCUGCAGGUAGCCGCUUCUCAUCACCAUCAUGAGAGCGGCCACGGAGGCGAGCAUCAUUCCGAUCAUCAUCACGAACAUGGCGGGAAAGGUGACAAAGGCUACAAGUCGGAGCAUCAUGACGAUAAAGGAGAAAAGGGACAUCACGAUAAAGGAGGCCAUUCUGGACAUUAUCACGAGGACGGAGGUCAUAAGAAGCAUCAUCAUCAUGACGAUGGCUAUUAUGGCGAACACCACAAGGGUGAGAAGGGAGAGAAGGGUCACGCAUUCCAUGAGAAAGGGGAUUUCAAGAAGGGCCACAGCACGAAGGGACAUCACGACGUUCACAAACUCGACGAGUUUAAGAAGGAUAAGGAAUUCUUCGACGAACAUCAUGAUCAUGGCCAUCACGAAGAACAUGGUGGCCAUCAUCAUGAACACGGACAUAAGAAAGGUGGCCACUUUAAGAAAGGGCAUCAUGACCACCAUCAUCACGAAGAUCAUUACGGCAAAAAGGGUCAUCAUGAGAAAGGACAUCAUCAUCAUGAUCAUAAGGGUCACAAAAGCCAUGGUGGACACGAUGAGCAUCAUCAUCAUCAUCAUCAUCAUGGCAAGAAAGGUGGCCAUGAAGACCAUAAACACUGGGGAUUCAAGAAAGGACAUUAAUACGGACAUGCGGAGAAUUAUAAUUUAGCUGCUAUUACUCGUUGAGUUGCGUUGAUUGAUUGUCAUCGCUGCAUUAAUUGUUGUACAUGUCGACAAACAGAAUAAAUCUUUUCCAGUAGAUAUAUUACACAUCGUUUAUAUAUUAUCUCAUAUUGUAUUAUGUCAAUUGACUACAAAAUACGACCUGCAUUUAUUAAGUCAUAAUUUUCUUUGCGUAUAUGUUUUCUGCAAAAAAAAUGUGCAAUAGCCUGUAUUAAUCAAACCCUCAUAACGCUAUAGACGUAUACUCGACGUAAAAUGAAAUUUGAGUUAUUUCUGCAACCAUAACGUGUGUUACGAAAUCGGUAACUGUCGUAAUAAUUCAGUGGAGUUUCAUGUUUUGUGCUACAUCAGUCACGCUUCUGCGGUGUAACAGCUGUCACAAGAAAAUAUGGCCGCUCGUUACAUGCUAUUUCCAUAAAACAAUAGUACCGGCCAGUUACCGCAUUCAGUGGUGCAAUUGACACGGUUUUAUAUUUGUUUUAUCAGG